AAAAUAAAGCUAUACUGAUAAAUGUGGCCUACUGGGAUUAUUUCUUUGACGACUUGUCACAUAUACAAAAAUAUUACACAAGACAGCACCGAAAACACGCUACUGACGACACCCCAGUCCCUCCACCGCAACCACCACCAAUGUUGAUAUUUAUGAAGAAAAUCUGGAUGAAUGCAAUACCUGGUCAGGACAAACUGGCGGACAUAAAAUUUCAUUUUCCGCAGGAAAUGCCCAAUUAUUUGCGAGGAUAUCACAAGUGCUCUGCCGAGGAAGCUGUCAAUCUCUCCUCGUUGUUGUUCAAAGCCAAAUAUGGAGAGGAUAAGCAACCACUUGACAACCUGGGGGACCUCCUCACUCACUUGAUACCAAAGUCAGUUUUCAAAGAAAAGACUCCUGACAAAUGGAAAGAGGAGCUGCAUGCUAGUAUAUCAAAGUUAAAGUUUCCUACAAAGGAGGACGGAAAAGUGGCAUUUUUGAAAUCACUGCAUAAAUGGCCAACAUACGGGUCGGUGUUUUUCGAAGUAAAGCAAAGAAGUACAAAAUCAAUGCCAAAACAUCUUCUUGUUGCUGUUAGUCACAAUGGAGUGGGGCUGAUAGAUGCAAACACAAAGGAAGUGAUUGACAUGUUUAGUUUCGACAAAGUUCCAAACUGGGCUUUCGACGACUACUCGUUCACUCUAGUUAUAGGAGAGGGCUCGAGUUUAUCCAAACUGUAUAUGGAGACUACUGUGGGACACAACAUGGACGACCUCAUCAUGACGUAUGUUGGAUACAUAAUGAACACACAGAUCAAGAAGAAACCUUCGUAUGCCGGGAUUGUCGUCGGCGAAUCAUUCGCGUGAAAUGUAGACACAUCCGGUACAUGGAGAUGGUCUUUAUUUUCAGCGAGAGAGCAGGGAUUAUCUUACUUCGGUUUUUAAACAGUCCCCGGUGUCUGUUAGCAGAAAGCGUAGUACGAAAUCCGAGGACUUAUUGUGUAUUGUCCGGUUUACGUGAAAUUUUACGCUCCUGAAAAUUCCUCAGGUUGAGUCGAUUAAAUCGACCGCUCAGCAUUUAAGGGUAAAGUGUAGGACCAUGAAUUGUAGUCCCAGUAUAGUCAAAAUAUAUAAGGAGCAAUCUUAUAGAAACUUUAGCAAUGCUUUGUAGAUGAAAAUGACAUAAACAAUAUUAUGAAGUGUGAAUGAGUAAAUGUUCCAAUGAUACAGAACCUGUCAUUUCUGAUUAGUUUAAUGUACACUGGUGUUUUAUGUCUUUCUUGUGCUUAUCAUUGGUCUUAUUAUAGCUCAUUUCACUGGCAUCACAUAAACGUAUAUAUGGAGUUCACAGUUCAUACACAGACUUUACAUAAUUGUAUAUGUGUAUUCUAUCAUACUAUAAUAUUAUUUUGCGUUUUUCUUCCGCACACACAUAUACGGAAUUGUUUUUUUUCUAUAGCUGCGUUUCAACGAUUUUGUACAUAUGCAGUAUAUUGCAAAAUUCUAUGUCCCCGACCCUCUCCCCAAACUCCCUCAUCAGCGGAUUCGUAUCUCGUGAUAUUUGAAAAUAAGAUUUUCUAUCCGCUCUUGGAAACUUGAGGCAAACUUGGUCUAAUGGUGGCAAAGAAAGAGUUUUGCAAAAAUGUACAGUUGAAAUUAGAUAUCUCGAAAUUGCUUGCUGUCUCAAAGACAUUUUCAAGUCCUGCCCAGAAAUAAAGAGCACCAAAUAUCAUUUUCAGUCAAAUUUCGGUUAUCUCGAAGAUACACUCGAUCCCUUCGAGAUAUAACAAAUUUCAACUGUAUAUAUGUACAAAAUCAUUAAAACGAACCUAUAUACAUUGCUCUUGUUUUAGUUGUGGAUAAAUUGUACACAGUAAUUUGAAACUUAUAUUGGCUUGCAUAAUAUACAAUAUUUAAUUCAAUGUUCUAUUUAUCCAUUUCAUAAGGCGGUUUUACAUUGAUAUCUCAUUGAAUAGCAGACACUCAGUACCACCGAUAUAACACGUCAUUAUUUAGUGUCUCAGAUUGUUAAAUCAUGGGCUGAACGGAGAGCUGGCGUAUCUUCUGCUUUAUGUUACAUGACUUACGUCAUUUUAUCGUUCAACCCGCAAAACAUCUCUAUAAUGUUUAUAUUCGUCUUUUUAGGCCCUAUUUUUUGGGUAGUAUCCGCUGUACAUCUCUGGCAUUUUUAACUUGACAAUAUUCACUCAGAUCCUGGUAGAGUGUAUGAAUAUAUACAAUAUGUAUGUAAAAAUUAUAUAUCUCACAUAAACUUUAUCAGACAAUGUUGUCGUCCGCAUUUGUAAAACGUUUGUUAUGUGUUAUUUUCUAUUUUUGUGCUAUGCAUUAUAUACGAGACUUGUUGACUGUGCAUGUAAUUAUCUUUCAUGUUGAAUCUCGAGAUAAAAUCAAAAUACUUACAUUGAGCAAUAUACGUGUGUUAGGUGGUAUUGGUGUGUUGACACUGGCACCAGACAAGAAAGAAAAUGCGACUGGUGCAUGUUGGAAGUUAAAUUACUAGUUGCUCAAUAUGCAUAGUACCCAUUUGUCGAACUGAAAAAUGUACGACUGAAAUGGGCUAAAUUGCAAGUAAUUUUUUUUCGUUGGGUACCGCGGUUUUUAUAGUAUAGGAGUAGAUAUAACAUGUACAAUGACAUUUUUUUUUCUACACUGGUGUCAGUGGUUUAGGUUGUGCACACGGUCUAUGUCGUUGUUUUAAAGCAGUUACUGUGUUAAUGUUUAUGGCUGCCAAGUUUGAAUGUUUGAAUGUGCAUAGCAAGUUGGCAUAGCAAGUGUGCUUAGCAAGUGCGUAUAGCAAAUGUGCAUAGCACGGAUGAAAUAUGUGCGGACUGUUUUAAAUAAGACCUAGUGCAGACAGAAAAGUCACGUGAUAAAUAUUUACGACAAUGGAAGGCACGUCUUCGUUCCUAUCAACUUUAGAUAAUCUCUAAGUGCUGGGUACAAGAAUAGUGUAUUAUUUAAUUCAUUUGACAGCAAUUAAAAGAUUACUUUGAAUUUUUUAGAACACUGUUCUUGGCAGUUAAGAGAAUAUGGCCCACUGGGUAACUGUAUCAAGGCUGCAUUGUCAAUGAAAGUGACAUUGAGCAAACUAUUAUAACAAUUUGUUACAAACAUAUAUUACCCUUCGAAAAAUAAGGACAAAACAAAAACAAACGAGGCUUCCAUAACAAUAAUUUAUCCAUUGUCUAUUCAAUAUUGUGCAAAAGUCAGUCCGAACUCUCGUAUACUGUUGCGACUAGCCUCUGUCAUUUUACAUUAAAAAGCAGUUAUUGUCGUAUAAAAAUAACGUUACGUGAACUCGCAGUUCACUUGCAGAUGUUUCCCAUUCCGCUAAUACAUAGAAAAGUCUUACGUUCAUAAGUGUUAUAAAGUACUGAUUGUGUUGAAGAUAUGUUAAAUGAAAUAUUAAUAUACAUACAUAAAGAUAUUAUUUAUUUACACAAUUGUAAUAAAGAAUACAUUUUA